UUGCUUAAUAAUGUGGAAAGCGGUGUAGUUCAAUCUGCAAGGAUGACUCGCAGCCCCGGUUGGGGGACGUUCUACGGCUCUGAAUAUUUGCGAUGACAGUAAGAGCUCUUAUUUGUGUGACUUGAGUAGAAGCAGCGGUUGUGAAAAUAUUGCACAUCUUACAGUCAUUUCCUUUGCAGCUAAAAGGAAAUAGUUUCAGGAAACAGGCAGACUGAGCUAUCUUUUGCAAAUAAAAUAGCAACAUGUCAGAGGAUCAAAACACAAAAACAUCAAUGGAGGUGGACAUAGCAUUUCUCAAAUCCAAGAGGGGGAUCCUGAAAGCUGCAGAAAUGGGGACUCUGUUUGUGGCGUUUGUGUGUUUCAGUGUGGUGUCAGCUCCAGGGUUCAUCACAGCCACUGUGUUGGAGUUUCUGAUCACUUUAUUCCUCUUGUUGCUCUACAUGCUUAAAUUCAACAAAAGGCUGACUUUCUUCUUCUGGCCUCUUGUUGAUGUUAUUAAUUCAGUGUUUGCAGCACUUUUCUUCAUUGUCCUGAGCCCGCUGGCUCUGACUACAUAUACGGCAACAGGCACGCUGGUUGGAGGGAUAGUUGGUUUGCUGACUGUUGGCCUGCUGUGUGCGGAUGGUUACACCCUUUUCAGGAAAAUCACAUUCAACAACCCGAGAAGAGAAGCCCCGAGACAGGACAAGGAAUGAUUCAUUUCACCAUAAAUCAGUAAAGUUUAUGCAUAGUCCUGACAAUGAACUUUGUAACCUUAUUGUAAGGUUGUACAGCGCAAUACGUUUGCAGAUGUUUUAAACCAGUCAGUUGCAGGACUGUUUCCAGGGCUGGACUGUGAAUGUUCCCCUGGAGAAGAGGAGAGCUUUCUGGGGUCCUGCCACAUGCGGGGGUCCAUGGGGAUCAGCAAAAACAUUUUCCUUGUAAAAAUGACAUUUUUUUAAUUUUUAAACUUAUUAUUUAACAAAAAUAUGCAUUCAAUUUUUUGCUCCUUUUGUAGCAUGUUUCCUGUUUGAAAAUUAAAGCUGUUAGCAGUAAUGCAUUAAUCACAAUUAAUUAAGGUCCAAAAUGAGUGCAUUUUUUAUUUGUAUGCUUUGAUGUCUGUUUCAGCACACUUUGAUUAAGCCACUGCAAGUUUCCCUGAAGCCACAGCGAUGUUAAAUAAACCCACUGCUGCACCUUAA